CCUUUUGCUCUUAUUUUGUUGUUGUAUUAUUCGUCUCAAGUACUUUCCGUGGGUGUAUGUAGUUAUUUGUUUUCUUGAACAUGCUAAAAGCUUGACCUUUGUUUCUUGUUUCAUUGUGUUCAAUAUUUCUAGUCAUGGACAUCUAAAUUGACAUUUAUAUAGGGGAAAAUGGUAAAAUUUAUCCCUCUACUUUCAAAUAUUGUCUACAUUUAACUUAUGUUAUACUAUCCGGUCAAAUUUAUCUCUUCCGUUAUACUAUUAGGUUAAAUUUACCCCUACGCUUAGCAAAACUUUUGAAAUUACUCCUAGCCCUAACAAUAACCCACAAUCUUAAUUAAAUUACCCAUUUUCAUUUAAAGAAUCCAUUAGCCCGUACUUAAAGACAAAAUGACGUCAAGCUGUAGCUCGAGCUUUGAGUAUGUCAAAAUGAUAGCAAGAGUUGGCAAUUUGCUCCAGACAUUCUUCAGUUUCCAAAAUUUGAAAGAAACGUAUCAGUACAAGCCUGUGGUCUAUAAUCUUAUCAUCGCCCCCCAUAUUAUUAGUGUUUUCUGCUAGACAUGUAUAAUAGAACUUCUAACAUGAGAAUACUGUAAAAAAUUCCAUAGGUAGUUAGGGACAAGAAGAAAAGUAGUAAAUAACAUAGAAAAUGAAGCUACAGCUAGCAGAAACACUCUCAAUGCUAUGGAAUAACAGAAGCAGAAGCAAGUGUGAAUCCAAUCAGCCAUCCAUUUUAGUUGAUCAAUGUGAACUGUGUUAAGAAGGUAGUUAGUGGAUUAGUUGAGUAGUUAGCCAGCUGUCCAACAGUUGUAAGUUAAGUUAGUUAGGAUUAGUAUAUAACCGUGUAUACUCCUCAUUUGUGAGGUAUCAGAAAUUAAUGGAACAGUACAAUUUCCAUUUCUCUCUUUAGCUUCUUCUGAGAAAUCCUCUGCAACCAUGGAAGUUCUCUCCAUUUAACAUGGUAUCAGAGCCUGUGAAAACGUUCGAUUCACGCGGACUGGUCGAAAUUGAUUUGAGUUUCUAAACUCGUCAGACAUCUGUGUAAUUGCUUCGAUCCAUCCCUUCCUAGGUUGAAUCGCCUUUGAGCAAUUAGGUAUUUUCUUCGUCUUUGUGUACAAUUUGCUUGCUGCUACUCUAAGCUCUCGUUUUCUUCAUUCUUCAAUGGCGAUCGGAGGUAUUGGUGCUAGCUCAGACACAGGAAUUGAAGACACUACCACUGAUGCAACUCCAGUGGCAGAUCCAAGUCGUGUGGGUGGUAUAGUGAUCGAUCAACAUCAUCCUCUAUUUCUUCAACCUUCUGAUUUUCCAGGGUUGGCUACAGAUGGAUCAUCAUGUUUCUUGCUCUUGGAUGUUAUGCUUUCCUACUUAUACCCGGUUUUGUUCAAGUUGGAUAUCACUAUUUUUCUUCCAGUCAAGUACGUCGAGACAUUGUUUAUGGUGAUCAACCAAGAAAUAGGCUUGAUCUAUACCUACCGAAAAACAACAAUGGGCCAAAGCCAGUUGUUGCAUUUGUAACAGGUGGAGCGUGGAUCAUUGGUAACAAAGCUUGGGGUUCUCUUCUAGGUCGACAGUUAUCUGAAAGAGACAUUAUAGUGGCAUGCAUCGACUACAGAAAUUUCCCUCAAGGAACUAUUAGUGAUAUGGUUAAGGAUGUUUCUCAAGGAAUAUCUUUCGUCUGUAACAACAUAGCUAAAUAUGGAGGUGAUCCUAACAGAAUUUACUUAAUGGGACAAUCAGCUGGUGCACAUAUUGCUGCUUGUGCUCUUUUGGAGCAGGCAAUCAAUGAAGCUGCCGAGAAAGAGAGAGAUUCUUGGAGUGUCUCUCAAAUAAAGGCUUAUUUUGGUUUAUCCGGCGGGUAUAAUCUGUUUAACCUAGUGGAUCACUUCCAUAGUCGAGGUCUAUACCAUUCAAUUUUUCUAAGCAUAAUGGAAGGGGAUCAAGGUCUGGGACGAUAUUCGCCCGAAGUAAUGAUACAAGAUCCAAACAUUAGGAAUGCUGUUUCUCUCCUUCCUCCUACUAUCCUGUUUCAUGGAACUGCAGAUUAUUCCAUUCCUUGUGGCUCCAGCCAAAGUUUUGUCGACACUCUAAGAGCUCUCGGUAUCAAAGCUGAAUGCAUCUUAUUAGAAGGAAAGACACAUACAGAUUUGUUUCUUCAGGAUCCAAUGAGAGGCGGUAUAGAUGAUAUGUUAGAAGAUUUAACUUCGACGAUUCAUGGCAAAGACUCUGAAACCAUCAAAGCAAAUGCACCUCCAAGAAAACGCCUUGUUCCUGAAUUCAUGCUGAAGUUGGCUUGUCGUGUGAGCCCUUUUUAGUUAUCGCUAUUCUUUUAGAUGAAUCGUUCCUUAUUUCUCUUUAGAUCAUUGUAACAUGCAAAUGAGAAGAACAAGAGCUAACUGUUAGACCUUAGAAGUAGUUAUUAUUUCUAAUGUUUUGAUCAGUUAAACUUGAUUAUUUGAUUAA